CGUCCCACGAGGGACAAAACGCGUCGCGGAGCAGAGGCCGCCCUUCGCGUGGCGUCACUUCCCGCCACCCGCUCAGUCAGCGGCACCAUGGCGGAGCCCGAGGAGCGGCCGCCGCCCGCCACGGCGCAGAGCGACGGCCGGAGCGACGGCGGGGAGGACGGGGGGCGGCCCGCGGCCGCGGCGGGGCCCGCCGAACCGGGCCCGCCCCCGGUCGGGUCGCCGGGCACCGAAGAGCCCGCGGGCGACGCAAAAAGGAAAAUUGACGUGCUGCUGAAGGCCGUGGGCGACACCCCCAUCAUGAGGACCAAGAAGUGGGCGGUGGAGAGAACCCGGACCAUCCAGGGCCUCGUGGACUUCAUCAAGAAGUUUCUCAAGCUGAUGGCCUCCGAACAGCUGUUCAUAUAUGUAAACCAGUCUUUUGCUCCAUCUCCAGACCAGGAAGUGGGGACCCUCUAUGAGUGUUUUGGAAGUGAUGGCAAGCUUGUACUGCAUUAUUGCAAAACUCAGGCAUGGGGAUGAAUGACUGGCCACUUGUUCAGGUUUUCUCUUCAAAAAUGGAGAAAGGACUACCUUAAACUCAAGCUGUAAACACACAGAAAGAGGGAUUUUUGCAUUGCUGCCUAUGAACCUAUGGUGCAGGUGAAUAGCAUAAGCAAAGAGCUGGUUAGACUAUAUGAUCACAUGGCUUUUUUUCUGAUGUACAUCUGGGGUACAGAAAAAACACCUGUGCCUGCCAUGUAGAGUAGAGCCAGUGUUCUUGCUGCUGACUACUUAAUUGCUGUGUCUGAAGGGAAACGAUCUCAGUUAUCUGCAGGACUGACUGGACAGCUCUGUCCAUAUGCUGUACCGAAGAAAAAAGAACCUUUUUAUUAAAAGUAAUGUCUGUUGUA